AUGCUUGCAAUCAUGGAGGUAUUCUUGCAAUCCAUCGGUCCUCUCGCUGCGCGUUCCUCUCGCGAUCACACUGAUUCAAAUGGUGGUGCUUCUAUGCUUGUACCACUGGGUGAUGAAGGCAUAGUAGCAGCUAUCACUAGCAUGAGUAAUGCUGUACCGAUUCUCAGCAUGCUGACCAAGAAUACCGCUGUGUCCGUGCCACAAACACAGGGUGAGCUACGCAAUCGAGUCUGGGAUGCUUGGUUGACUGAUACUGGUAAGAGGCUGCAUAUAGGAUUCCGCAAGGUAGCACGAGUAUUGUCUUGGGAAACGGCUUUGUUGAAAAUGAUUGAACCAACAAAAGCUGUUGCCACAACCCAGACGGAUCCUAGUGAAAUCGAAGCGCUCUGUGUUGGAGCUAGUUCGCCAUUGACGUCCACCUCUUCCACAGAGCCUAACAACGUGAUGUCGGUUGCUGUUGACCCACCGUCCACUGCUGCUCGACAACCUGCAUGGGCUUUAGCUGGAAUAACGCAAACCGAAAACGCAUUUUGGCAUAGGCACAAGAACGUUGCUGAAAUGGUGAUCAAAGCAAACAAGACAGUUUCGGAAUUCCUCAGCCAGCUCUCGAGAUCGUGCUUUGCGCCAACCAGGAGGAAUCGCCGUUACGAUUUCUCAGCAUCGACAAUGCCGAAAGCAGCUCAACAAAUGGCAGAUGAAGUUUUUGCCGGUUUCUUCCGUGACCUAAAAUGGACUUGUUACAAACUACCUGAUGGUGCACCUAUACCUCCUAUGGAAUUCGGCCGACUUCAAGAAGUGAUAGCUCAAAUGUCCGUGGCACUUUUCGACGAUCGCCGCCAACCGUUUCAUGCCAUGUUGCAGCGCUUCUACACUUCCGGAUGUCACAAUGCUUUCUGUGAUUUGAUGAUCGAGAAACUUGCACCAGCCCUCAAUAACGACUACAAUGACUGGUUGGAAUUAGCUUUUCUGGAGUGGUUCCGUCUUGCGAGUCGAUUGGCAAAUAAGCAAAAUAUGCUACAUACCCUUUACCGUCAGCCGCAACCUCUCACAGUGGAGUUCGAUCCGAAGAAGUACCUCAAAUUGGUGCACAAUGAUUUCUUCCGAGCUUUUUGUGUACUUUUCUCGAAACUUUCUGAUGAGAAAGUCGAUUUGAAAUGCUGCCAAACAUUAUGUGAAACUGCUAUAUCCGUGUAUAAAGAUGUUGCGCACAGUCUUACUCCAGCGACAGAAGAGAAUCCGCGAUCACAGAAUGAUGAAAGUGGCGAUUCGAGAACACCGGCUGCUGAUGGAGAAGAGACUCAGCGGGAUGCUGCUUUGCGUCAGCUUCUGCCUGAAGGAAGCGUUUCUCUAUUGGUUGACAUGGGCUUUCCGCACGAAUUGGUUGUUCAAGCAUUGGAGGAAACCGGCUCUACAGAAGGUGCAACUGAAUGGCUCAUCAACAGAAAUGCUGCUGGACUCCAGCAGGCUCUGGAGCGAAAUAACGACGUUGGGGAUCUUGAAGAGGGCGAGUUUGUUGAUGCUAACCUGCCCUUCUUGCUAGGAGUCGCUGGCUCUUCUAGUGGCGCAGCGAACGAAGACAGAGAAGCAAAUAGGAAAGCGGGUACCAGUAAUGCGCUGGACGUAGAAGAUUCUAUAGAAAUGCCGAUCAUAACACCUCUGAAAGAACUCAACAUCGAU